AAAAAAAACCUAAUUUCCUAAUUCCCUUUUCUUUCUUCUUCUUCUUCUUCUAUCCUGCCGCACUCUCCUCCUUCUUCUUCUUGGAGAUCGUUACCUUGCUCCAGAGUAUGCCAUUAGUGGUCGUUUGACAAGGAAAUCAGAUAUUUACAGCUUCGGUGUACUGCUCUUGGAGGUCGUUAGUGGCCGAAAAGUCGUUGAUUUUGAUAUGGAACAUGGAGAGCAUUACCUGGUUCAGAAGGCUUGGGAAGCUUACAAGGGUGAUGAACUUAUUCAGUUAGUUGAUUUUGUUCUUGAAACAAACUUUCCUGAAGAAGAAGCAGUGAGAUUCAUCAAGAUCGGAUUUCUUUGCGUGCAAGAACAUACAAGCCUACGUCCAUCAAUGGCUACCGCAAUAAAGAUGUUAGCUAACGAGAUUUCACUGAGAGAUGUUGAGGUAUCACAACCAUGGGCUGGUUUCCGAUCUCAUGUUUAUAAAAAUGGACCACCAGCAUUUGUCUCAAAGCACUUUCUCAAAGGGCUCCACAAUCAGCUUCCAAAGUCCUCGUACAUCUUAUUUCUGACUACCAUGUUUUUCUUUCAUAUGCUAUAAGAAGAAGAAGAAGGAGGAGGAGGAGGAGAGUGCGGCAGGAUAGAAGAAGAAGAAGAAAGAAAAGGGAAUUAGGAAAUUAGGGUUUUUUUUUUUUUUUAAUUUUUUUAAAAUUGUUUUUUUAAUUUUUAAAGAAAAAUAUUUUUUUUAUUUUUUAUUUUUUAAAAUAAUUAUUUUUUUAUUUUUUAAAUAUUUAUUUAUGUGGACCAAUAAAAUUGUGCCACGUGUACACUGUGUACACGUAGACAUUCCAAACAUGGCACUUAACAGCCAAAAAUGGAUGGAAAAGGCUAAGUGCUAACAGAACUUGGGUUUAGGUACAAAUUACUCUU